GACCGACGCCGCCAUAAGCGAGUUUAAGAUAUCAAACGAAGUUCCAUUGCGAGAUUAUUCAGCAAUCGAUCAAAGCAAUCACACAAGUCGUCAUGGAGAACGGAGAUAUUCCAGAGAACGCCAAUGAACAUUGCCCAGGUCCUCAAUCGGAAACUGCUGGAAAGUCAGAUUCUUGCGCAGGUUGCCCAAAUCAGGAAGCAUGUGCCACUGCCCCUAAGGGACCUGACCCAGACUUGGUUGGCAUAGCAGAGAGAAUGAGCACUGUCAAGCACAAAAUUCUGGUUUUGUCUGGCAAAGGCGGUGUUGGUAAGAGCACUCUCUCAGCUCAGCUCUCGUUUGCCCUCGCCGGAAUGGACCAUCAAGUAGGUCUGAUGGACAUUGAUAUAUGCGGUCCAAGCAUGCCGAAGAUGUUAGGCCUUGAAGGCCACGAGAUUCACCAAAGCAACUUCGGAUGGUCCCCGGUGUAUGUGGAAGACAACCUCGGUGUCAUGUCCAUAGGUUUCAUGCUCCCAAACCCUGAUGACGCUGUGGUCUGGAGAGGUCCACGCAAGAACGCUCUCAUCAAACAGUUCUUGAAAGACGUAAACUGGGGAGAGAUCGAUUACCUCGUGGUCGAUGCACCACCAGGAACUUCGGAUGAGCACAUCUCCAUCGUACAGUACCUUCAACACACAGGGAUCGACGGUGCAAUCAUUGUGACGACCCCACAGGAAGUGUCCUUGAUCGAUGUCAGAAAAGAAAUUAGCUUUUGCAAGAAAGUUGGAGUCCAUGUGCUAGGAGUAGUAGAGAACAUGAGCGGUAUGGUUCAGGAGUUAAAGGAUGUCAAGUUCGUGAGUAUGCUGAAAGAGAGUGGCCUCACCGUUAACGUGUCAGAAGAGGUAAUCGCUUGCAUAAGAGAGCACGCACCAGACCUUGUCGACGUCUUUACUUUCACCGAAGUGUUUGACAGCAACGGAGGUGGUGCACAGAGGAUGUGUCGGGAAAUGGGAGUACCGUAUUUAGGCAGAGUUCCUUUGGAUCCACAGCUUUGCAAAGCAGCCGAACAAGGUAAGUCGUGCUUUGAGGAUAACAAGUGUUCUGCUAGCGCAUCUGCGCUUAAGAGCAUCAUAGAGAAAGUUGUUGCUGCGAUGCCGGUGAUGACCGAGUGAUGAGGAAGAUGAAGAAACUUCCCCACUCAAUCCUCUGUUCGGAUCUGUGGAAAAGCUGGUUGUGUAAGUUUUAGGCAUUGUUUCAGAUGUCUUUUGUAAGAUUUUUAUAAUGAGAUUGAACCAUCAAGUCUUGUCGAGUCUGGUUCGAAAAUCAAACGAAUAAAUUAACUGAAAACGAACUGAAAAAUUA